AAUCAAACUUUUAACCAAUCAAUGAUUGUCACAGAGCCAAUUUUGCUUUGUUGUAAAAUCAAUAACAUUUAAAUUCGGCACCCGCAAUCGGCUUUUGUUCCAAUGACAUCGUCUACCCGUAAAUAUAUGUAUUAUACUCUAGUACAAUUAUUAUGCCGUAAAAAUACCGACAUCGACCACGACAACGACGACGUUUGUGCUGCUGUUGUUCUGCCGCAUUUGGUUCAAUUUUGAUCUUCUUGUCUGGGUCUGGUUCCGGAUUUUUGUUUCGCUUUUGUGGGCCUUUUGUGUGUUUUUGUGUUGUCCUCGUGUUGAGUUAAAAAAAAUAAUUCUAUUUGUAAUUAAAUUAAAAGUGCCUUUUGUUGUAGUAUUAUGUGUUAAUUGUAACGACAAAACUCCCCAAGUGACUCAGUUUUCUAAUCGACUCUAUACCCAGCUCCUUCAAACUUCUUUAAGCUCCUGUAUGUCGCAAAUGUAUUGUCAUCUAAUGGUUUACAUGCGAAUAGUUCUAACGACUUUGGUCAUAAUCACCUGCCUCUUGGGGGACAACUUUGUUGAAUUAACCCAACAUCCAUUGUUACGUGCUUUAGUGGACAAUGCCACUCAUGCAGUCAUCGGGGCGCUCUCGGGAAUUGCAUUUGUGGUGCAAUUCUAUGAUAGGACAAGCAAUUUAUUUGGCUGGUUGCUGAUAUUCAUUUGUUUUUCGGUGUCAUCAUUGAUCGAUGUGGACCAUUUUGUGGAGGCCAGGUCAUGGAAUUUGGAGGAUGCAACGAAUCUCCUACGACGACCUUUUCUUCACUGCACUACAAUACCCAUGCUGCUGCUGGUUCUAUUUGUUUGCACAGCCUCGCUAAACUACUUCAAAACUAGUCUGAUUCUUGGAGCUCUUAUAUGCGCCUUUGUUACCCAUCAUACUCGAGAUGCAGUGCGUCGUGGCUAUUGGAUGUGUCCGUUCGGUCAAACCGAACGCAUCCCUCAUCUAUUUUAUAUCUUAAUAACGAUUCUAACACCAUACCUAACAUACUAUUUGCACUGCUUCUGUCGCAGCAAUAUUGCUCAACAAUUAUUGGGCAACUAUGUGAAGCUUAACGACCACCAUCAUCAUCAUCACUAUCGAAGCUAUCGUUAUUCAACUGUUUGAAUAAGGUUAAAAACGCGCAAUACAACUUUUUUAAAGUACCU